GCGCCUAGAGGGUUAAAGCUGCUUUAGUUAUUCCUAACUGCUUGCUGCUCGCAUUUAUGCACUCAACUCAACUCAACUCAACUCAAGUUAAUGCAUACCAAGCUCAUGCUACUGUCAUUAUAUAGAAUCUGUGUGGUCUUACUCACCUUUCUGACGGCCAUGACUUCCACCACUGUCGACGAGGAUCUAACCUUACUCGAAGUCAUCAACGACACCCAGCCAUCGCAGAUUCAACCAGGCCAGGGCAAGGAUGACAACAACACCGUCCGUCGAAGCUCCCGGUUGGCAAAUAGAACCCCGAGUGCCAUUAGCAUCGGCGACUGGCCGGUGUCCAGGAUCCUGGAGACCUUGUUUCAGGCCAACAUCCAGCCUCCAAUCGGCGCCUCUCAUGAGGAUCUAUUUGUCCUCCUCUGCGACUCCCAGGACAUCCCACCGGCUGCCGACAUCCUGCCUGGGCUUCCUCCUCCCCAAACAUCCGGAAGAAAGCAAACUCAAAAAAGGAAACAUAUCGAGCCAGCCGGUACUGCACACAAACGGGCCGGUGGCCAAGUUCGUCCGGGUCCAAGCGCACCUCCAGCCAAUGACCCAGUGAUUGCAGAGCUGUCUAACAUCCAAGCAUCACUCCUUGACAUGACGGCCAGGAUUUCCACGCUGGAAAGCGACUCCAUCAGACCUUCGUCUUCACCGACCGUCAUUUCCACAUCAGGAGUCUCCACCGCACCUGAACUGCGUCACCUCCAGCACCAGCCUCAGCGUGAUGACGUCACUCCAGAGUUCAUUCCUAGAAGGUCCCUGGCCACCGCUGUACCCCUAACCACGGGCUCGCCCUUCUUCCCACCGUCUUCUGCCAUCCCUCAUCACUUGAGGAGCCAAAUAUUAGCAGAAAUUCCAUCGCCUGUGUCCAGAAGCAGCCCAGUCAAGCCUGGAAUGCCCCCCGUUCAGCCAAACCAUUUUAGAUUAAAUGAUCCGCUGCAAUCUUAUGUGCGCGCUGCUGCGCAGUACAUGCGUGGAGGUCUGUCUAAAUCUACAUUAAAAGCGUGAGCGUAGACUCAGCUUGGUCUUACUUCACCACAUUUUGUGCUACUUUAUCUGUAGCCGCUCUGCCUGUGAAUAUAUCCUGUGCAUUUAUAGUCCAUUGCUUUGAGUCUCGAAAAAUGCAGCCUUCUUCCAUCAAAAGUACUGUCGCUGGCAUCCAAUUCCAUCUACGCUGCCUGGAUCCAUCUGUUACCAGCAUUCUGGAAAACCCAUCCAUACGCCUCCUGCUGAACGGCCUCAAAAAGGAGUCACCUCGAGGCAAUGAUAAACGUCUCCCUUUCACAUUACCUUUAAUUAAUACAAUUAUCACGUUUGAGGGAAGGGUGUUUUGGGCCUUACACAGAUCAAAUGUUAGAGACAGUCAUUCUCACAGCUUUCUUUGGGUUCCUAAGGGGUGGCGAAAUCUCUUCACGCAUGCGUUUCUUUGACCCAAAUCACAAUCUCACCAUUUCUGAUGUUUCGAUUAAUGUUUUCACCAUUUCACCUUGUUUCUCAAACACUCCAAAUCAGAUAGGAAUAGUGAAGGUGUAGUUGUAUAUAUAUCAGAGUCUAAUACUGUGUUUUGUCCUCUAUCAUCCAUGCUGACCUACUUGAGGAGCCGUCCUCGUGCUGGUCCGCAGGAGCCGCUGUUUGUCACUCAGGAGGGGAAACCAUUGUCCAGAGCCUGGUUUGCAUCUCAUCUACGCCUCCUCUGCCAAUUCUGCGGACUGCCUCCAGACCGUUAUACAGCCCAUUCUCUGCGCAUAGGGGCC